AUAUUCUCCUAUACCCCAGCCCCGUAUGGAGUAUUAGUUAAAAAAAAUUUUUUUUUAAUAAUAAAUAAGCGCUGCUGGGCGGUAUAUGUUACAUAAGUCGGCGCGGCGAGCGAAGGGUAGGCCAUGCUGGUACGUGUUUAGAAGGGGAGAAACCAGCUCAAAGUCCGACAUUCAUCAUUGUUCUUAUCAGUAUUGUUCGAACGCGGGUGACAACAGUUUGUGACGUGGCGCCGAUAUGAAUUCUACUACUACAAAAUCGCUACAGCAUUCCGUACUGCAAUUGUUCAACGAGCGUAUCGCUUAUUCGGAAAAAUUACAGAUUAUCGGCGUCAUCUGCGUUACGGCGGAUGGAUGCGACGAUAAGGAACUCGUUAUAAAAUUAAACAACACCCUAAAAAGAGUUACGGAGGAUGGCGGAGGCGGUGGUGGUGAGCAAGGCUAUUUAGUUAAGGGCGAAAUAGAUGUGGAAGUUGCUGAUACACAAGAUGAUGACGGAAUACAGAGAAGCGGCAGUUCUCGCAGAAAAUCAAGAGUACAAUACCGCGUACCACCUCAACACAAUGACUUUACUUCGGAUAAUGAAGAAGGGGAUAGUUCUACAUCAGUCUCUUUAAUGAGACCGUGUAGCUCUCCGGAAGAAACUGAAAUUCAGCCAUCGCCUAACCCAAUGCCGAACGGCCAUGCGGAAUUGCCUACAAGUUUAAACGAUUUUCAAACCUUCAUAGGGGGUUGGCCUUCUCUUACCCUACCCAACCCUAUUACCCCUAAACCUGAGGGAACAGAGAAAAAACGUGGAAUUGAAUCGGAUUAUUUGAUUGACAAGUUACAAGGCUCCGUAGGUGAUGGUAGAAGAAGAAGAAGACGUCUACCUGACGAUCAACUGACAGCAGAGGAGAUCGCUGAAUAUAUGGGACUGACGACAACAAAUCCGAACGCCGGAAACGGACCGUUUCGUUGCAAAUUUUGUGCAACAGAGGCUCAAGAUUUGACCAAGUAUCUCUCACAUACCUUAUCUAUUCAUCACGCUUAUAUUUGUCAUGAAUGCGGAAAGAACUUUACUACUAAGUCGUCUCUUUUACGCCAUAGACCUAUUCACACAGGUAUGAGACGAUAUUCUUGUCGUAUAUGCUCUAAGACGUUCUACAGAAAGGACAAAUGUAAGGCUCAUAUUAAACGCCAUCUUGGUUUAGAAGGACCAGCUCCUACUAUGGAACAUUCCGUUGCUUAAUGACAUGUUAAGUUUUCUUUAUUUAAGAUUUUUCCUCCCUUCCCGUCUCUAUAUCAUCCUCGUCCCGCUUCUCUUUACCCCCUAUCUCUCGUCGUUAUUUGUUAAACUGUCUAAUUGUUUUUCUUAACAUUGUCUUCUCUAUUCUCAUUAUCUUAUAUCAUUUAACUGUGCUUAAAGAUUCUUGAAUGGUCAAUUUUUAUUUAUUUACUAAAAAACAAACACUGCGGAGAAAGUUGAAGGACGAGGUUGCCAAACCCCUUUAAAAAAAUUAUUAUUUUGGGUUUUAAGGGAAAAAGGGAGAGAAACUAUUCCAAAAAAAACCCUCCAGAAUAGUAAUUCGAACUUAUAAAAACAAUAUUUAACUACUUAUUAAUAAUUAGGUAAGGAGUUUUGUGUUAUAUUUUAAAUAUAUUAAAGCGAUUAAUAAAUAUGAAAACCGGUAGAAUAUGUAUACAAUAUUUUGUUUUAAUGAUGAAUAAUAAUAGCAGAGGUCGCAUUUAGAGGGUCGUGUAAUUCUAGAUGAAAUUGUUUUUCCCUCCGUUAUACAGGCGCAUUCAAGCCCUAUAUAAUGCAUUUUAACGACCAGCUAGUGUGGGAGGGGCUCAUCAAAAAAAGGGGGUGGAUAUUGAAAAACAAAGGUCUAUCUUUUUACUUGAUCGAUAUUUUCACUGAUACGGUAAAUAAUAAUAUUAUUAAAUAAGUAAAUAAUUGAAAAAUAGCUUUAAAAGCUCUUUAAAAUUGGGUUAUAUCGUCAAAUAUGGCCACAUACCAAAAAAAAAAAUCUAGGUAUAUACGUAAUAAUAAACCUUUCGUAGGCUGAUCUCGUUUUAUAGUUAAAUGUAUAAUUAACUGAUUAAUCACACCCCUAUUAAUUAAUUGUGUGUAUGUGUAAAUGUACAUGUCCCCAUUUCUGGUAUUAGAGAAUUUUUUUUCCUUGUUGCUUUUUUUUAUGCAUGUUUUUUCGUUUCUUUCUAUUUUUGCUUCCUAUCAUCAAAGUCCUUUUUUUCGCUAAAAAAGAAAAUAUUUGACUUAUUCCUGAUUAUUGCUAUUACACUUAAACGCUA